AUGGCCGACGGACUCAACGAUGCCCGCGCUAUGCGUGUCGCCGAGAUCAUGUCCGACUUCCGCAACUUGCAAAACUACAUUGCUCAGAUACGGGCCACACCCACCGCAGAGGAGUACUAUCUCGAGGGCUAUGCUCUUCUGCGACAGUGUGCGACCGAAGCCCAGGCGGUUCUUUCGGCGCCCUUCGCCGCGUCAACCUCGUCACCAGACGGCAACCCGGAGAGAGAGAAGGCCCAGUUGAGAUCCAUCAUUCUAGACUCCGCCAUCCGUCGAUUCCAGUGUCAGAGGGCGUAUCUUCGUGCCCACGCUGCGCUGAGGUGGAUGAACUCUCGAAAUGCCAUCUUGCGAGGCCAGAAAGCUCACGCCGGCCACUUUCAAGCUUUGCAAGCCAUUGAUAACACUCUUCGGGUGGAGCUCGCUGGCAUCACUGACCAGCACGUCGACUAUACUCUCCGAUCGCAGGACGCAAUGCAAGGCAAAUGGCUAGCCGAAGAUCCAGCACUAGUUACGAUCCAGCAGAUCCUCGCAGCACGACAAUAA